CCCAUUUCAGUGCAGAGAAAGUGCGAAAGUUCUACACGUUCUCACUAUUAUCGUCUAUCUACGUCGUUCUUGUUGCAUUCUAAAAAGACAACUAAGGUAGACUACUCAAAUAAUAACGACCGAAGAUGCAGAAGUACAGUGGUUCUUUGACCAUUAAUGGCAAUCUCGGCUCCUCGACUUGGGACAAAACCAGCAUUAAACUGGUGGGGACAGAUGGGACGAGUGAACAGGCAAAUCUCCGAAAUAAAAUCUUAGGAAAAGUCACAGUAAGUUCAACAUUUAUAUUUGAUGUUUCGGUAUUAAUAUUUGAAAAAUUUAAUAAAAGCUCAAUCAAUGCAAUUGGGCAAUUAGUGGCUAUAUUCCACGAUACUAAUGGUCGUGAAAUCUCAUGCUAGUAAACAUGUCACACUGUGUAUCACACUUCUCUCUCCCAUUCUUGGACAUGGAUUUACUUAAAUGGUUGCGGUCAUUGUUUUCUACGUAGAAAUUGAGAUGGACUGCCCAAUGUCCAUUGGCAAACUGGUACUGAUUGAGCUGAAAAAAAAACAACGUCUUAAGCCAGAAGCCUGGUUCCCUGCCAAGGUGCAAGUCAAGUCGCCAAAAGGAGAGACCUUUCAGUUCCCCAUCUAUCGCUGGAUCGACGACGAUCAGGUUCAUCUGUUCAGAGAGGGCACAGCUAAGCCAGGAUUUGUACCAGAAACCCAACCGGAGAUUGAUAGAUAUAGCAGGAAGGAUGAGUUGGAUGAAAGAAGCGUACAGUAUGACUGGAGCGUUGCAGAGGGGAUUCCUGACUUUAUGAAGGUGGAGCUGGAUGCAAACGGUGUUGAGGAUGUUGAUUCUCUGCCUGAUGAGGUCCGUUUCUCCUUCACCAAGAAAACUGUGCUCCUUUUUAACAUUGGACGAGGGAUCACGGUGUUGACACUCCAAGGAUAUGUAUGUUCUACAGAACAGUGGGAAAGCAUUGACGAAAUCAGCAAGGUCUUCAGCUGCAAACAAACUCCAAUAUCUGAACAUGUCCAGAAGAACUGGAAGGAGGAUUCUCUUUUUGGCUACCAGUUUCUAAAUGGUGUCAACCCAAUGGUGAUCCGUCGUUGUUCGGAGUUGCCUGAAAACCUUCAAGUCACCGAUGCCACGGUGUUCCUCCGCGGUGGGAGGAGCCUAGCAGAUGAGAUGAAGAGGGGCAACAUAUUCCUGUGUGACUACAAAGUCUUGGAUGGAUUGAAAGCCAACAUGGUUAAUGGCAAGCAGCAGUACCUGAUGGCCCCACUCAUCCUGCUCCACAAAACCCCUGAGGAUCAGCUGCUGCCCAUAGCUAUCCAGUUGAAGCAGGAACCAUCAGAGGACAACCCAAUUUUUGUUCCUGCCGACUCAGAGUACGACUGGUUGUUGGCCAAGUUGUUUGUCAGAAGUGCAGAUUUCCAGGAUCACCAGCUUAACUCCCACUUGCUCCGCACUCAUCUUCUGGCAGAAGUAUUUUCUGUCGCCCUACUGCGUAAACUUCCCAUGGUACAUCCAGUGUUCAAGCUCCUGGUUCCCCACACUCGCUACUCCCUCCAGAUCAACUUCCAAGGCCGGAAGCAGCUCUUAGGAGAAGGUGGAUUUUUCCCAAAGUUCACCGCUUCUGGCAAAGAGGGUGCAGAUAUAAUCCUGCAACGAGCCACAUCAUCUAUAACCUACACCUCGCUUUGCAUUCGGGACGACAUCAAGGAGAGAGGGCUGGAGUCUGUGCCCAACUUCUACUACAGAGACGAUGGCUUCCAGAUUUUGGACAUCAUCAACAGGUUUGUUGAGGGAGUUCUUGGCUACUACUACAAAGAAGACUCUGAUGUCCAGCGGGACACAGAGCUACAGACCUGGGUUCUGGACAUCUUCAAACACGGAUUCAAUUCACGGCCAGAAUCUGGAAUGCCGAAAGGAUUGCGCACUGUAGCUGAGCUGGUGAAAUUCGUCUCCAUGGUGAUAUUCACCACUUCUGCCCAGCAUGCUGCAGUCAACAGUGGCCAGUUUGACUACGGCGGAUGGAUGCCCAACACUCCACCGACCCUACAGCGCCCCCCGCCGGCCAUCAAGGGAACUGCAGAUGAAAGAUCUCUCCUGGAUGCUCUCCCUGACAUCAACGCCACCGUUCAAGGCGUGAAUAUCAUGUGGGUGCUCAGCAAGACGCCCAGCGAUUUUGUGCCCCUUGGCCACUACCCUGAAGAGUAUUUCUCUGAAAGAGUUCCACACCAGCACAUGCAGCUCUUUAAAGGGGAAGUUGAACUUUUAAGUUCAAAGAUUGAAAUCAGAAACUUGGGUCUGAAAAUCCCGUACACGUUUCUGGACCCAGCGUUGCUGGAGAAUAGUGUAGCAAUCUGAUAGCAUGAGCUAUGGGGGGAAGGAGGAGGCUCUGGUGGUCCUGAAGGUGGACUCCCAGCUGAAGGUUUGGGUUCAAACUCCAUUGUCUACACGGUCUGCUGCCUACAAUACAAUAUCAAUUAUUCAAAAAAAAAAAAAACAUUAAAAUCGUAAUCAUUUAAUUCUCAAAUCUUUAGA